AUGUUUGAGGAUCCCCAAAGUUCCGACGAAGAAUCGCCCGUUCCUGAUACGGAUUCGUGUAGCGCAAAAGAGCUAAUUAAAUUGUUCCAGCAGGAAGUAUCGCCUGGAUCAGAAAUUGCUGCAUCCUUAAAGCGUACCUGUGGACUACACAUUGCUCAGUCAUGCGCGUAUGACACGCUUGCUGUUGGUUUGUCGCGCCAAGAAUUGCAACUGUAUCGGGUGCGUGAGAGCGGUGAACUUGCCCUUGAAAAUGGGUCACUGGGCCGGUAUGGAAGCGCGAUUCGUGGCGUGAAGUUCUUCAAUGGAGAUCCAAACAAUCUGGUGUGCUGUACAGAGGAUGGAGACAUCUAUAUGUACGAUGUACGAACCGGUUCUGAAGUGCAUCGUUUCGAAGAUACUUCCGAAGGUGCAAAAAAGACUGUAUCCUCGUGCGAUAUUAAUCAUAACGAUCGUGUUCUCUGUGCGUCCAGCGAGGUACAGAAGAAUGGUGAUAGUUUUCUGCUAUUUUUUGACGUGCGGGAGCGGAAAUAUCUCGGAUGCUACUGGGAAUGUCACAGCGACGAUAUUACGCACGUUCGGUUUCAUCCUACCAGUCCGGAUCUGUUUGCUAGCGCCAGUGUGGACGGAUUAAUCAACGUGUUUGACAUUUCCAAACUAACCGAGGACGAUGCGAUGCAGUACUGUUUCAACGUGGAGACUGCGAUCGAUGCAAUCAACUGGCACACGGACCCCACCGGGCGCGAUAUGGUGUCGUGCAUAACGACCACAAACGAUCUCCACCUAUACGACGUUGAGAGUCAGGACAGUGUGGCGUUGUUUAACCGUGAGCAGAUUACACACUCAAUGCGACGCACAUCGGCGAUCGAUUGUAACGUGGUCGGUACGCAUAAUAAUGGCAAUGGAAGUUUUUUCGUACUGGCUGGUUCCAACUUUAACAAAGGGAAGGAUUGUUUACGGACGUUAAGGUACGACAACAAAUGCUUACUUCCCGAUCGUUCGUUCAACGGCAACAAACAGAUUGUUCGCGCUAGCGUGUACAACGAAAAGGACCAGUAUCUGAUUGCAACGGGCGAAUGUGGUUUGAUUACGCUGUGGAAGUGCCGGAUGGAUGGGUCGGAACAAGCCAGUAUCAUCAAUAACGCAAGUACAAAGCUGAAGCAAAAGCUGCACGUUAGUCAUCGCGCGAAACCAUACUGA